UAUAGCUGCUCACUUAGGUGGUUCCAUUUUAAAUUUGCUAUUACGCAGAAUACUGCAAUAAACAUUCAUGUUAACAUGGCCUCUGUUUUGCAUCGUAUCUGUAGAUUAGGUAAAUGGGAUUUUUAUAGUAUUCAGUUUUAAAUGUCAUAAAGCCUGACAUUUCGAAUUUAGAGAUCAAAUGUUUAUUUGUAAAUGGGAUUUUUAUAGUAUUCAGUUUUAAAUGUCAUAAAGCCUGACAUUUCAAAUUUAGAGAUCAAAUGUUUAUUUGAGAUGAAAAUAUAGACAAUUGUAACAAUUCAUGUCACUGAAGGACUGUCUUGAACUCAGUUUUUCUCUUUUUAUCAUCCAGUAAAAAUUCUAUGUGAAAACAGACCCGGAAGACUGCUCAUCACACAGCAGCCAUAAUUGCCUUCUUUCUAUACUUCAAAUGCCAAGCUCUUUUCCACCACAGAGCUUUAUCACUUAUAGUUCUUUUCCUGGAAUAGUCUCCAGAUAUUUUCGUGGCUAGCUUUUUGUCAUUAAGGACUCAAACCUCACUUUUUCCAGUAUCCUAUCUGGCCACUCAAUCUAAUUGUGAGAGAGAAUGUGAUUUGGGUGUUUUCAUCUUGUCAAGGAUCUUCACUGAAAAGUUGAAAGUCCCUUCGCAGUUAUUUUCUGGUAUGUAUGUUUGGAAGUACAUGUGCUUAAAUUUAAAACAAACAUCAUUUUGGUUCAUUAGAAUCAGGAAAAAAAUAGUAUCAAGACUUCCUGUCGUCUUGGGCACUGUUUAAUAUAUGCUGGGGUCUGUUCUCUCCAAGUCUAGUUAAGUAUAUUUUAUAGAACUUGAUUUCUAUCUCAACUAUGCAACUAUGCUUAACAAUUCAGUGAAGGUACCAUUUCCCUAUUAAUGCCCUAGUGGUCCCUGCCCUUGAUUAUUAAUUUGGUUUAUCCAAAACAUCUAUGUGAACUUAAUGCAAAAGCAGUUGGUGAUUUAUUGCAGUAUCCUGCAUCUCUUGUUUGUAAAAACUCUGUUUUUUUAAAAAAAACAACGAACCAGAUGUAAUUAAUUGACAAUCAGUGGUCAUUAAAAUACUGAAUGUACUUCUAGAUAACUUGAUAGGGCCUCCACAACAAGUAUUAAAAAUAUGCUUUUUUUUUCCUCGACUUUCCUGAGGGUGAUUUCAAAACAUUGUUUAAAUCCCUUAAAUAUGUGAAGAAUUCAAAACUCUUUUUCUAGAUUAAGAUGGCAGAUUGUUUUCACAUAUCUUUUCUCUAUCAAAAAGCCUGGUAAAAUAACAGUAACCCCCAAGGACAAAGAGUGAAAAAAGACAAACAGUGAAUAACAGAAACAGAAGGCCAAAGCAGAUGAAAUGAUAAUUCAGAGAUCAGAGAAAGUUACAUGCUAAAUGUCUACAAGAGGUUUUACCAAAGAGACAAAUCCACUUGAUAAAGAACCUGUGAGAGGCUCAAUUUUUGCAGGCAGAAGUUUCCAAGGAAGGGGGAGAAGGUGUGGGGCUGGUAACAUGAGAUUAAAGUCUGUUCAGAACUGUUGGAUGUGUAGGAUCCCUAUCGUACCCUAAGAAUCCAGAUGACCUUUCCCCAGCUCACAGAUGGAAAGUUUAUUUUCUAGGUAAAUUGAACCAAAGAAGUCUCAAACUCAGAGAAAGCAAGCACAGAUGAAGGCUGGCGUGUAUAGCAUCAAACAAGGGCAUUAUAUGCAAACAAUAUCCUUUACUGCAGUAGUACCACCCUCUUCCCCCACCUUGGUCUCAUUAAAUCAAUAUCCAAGGCAUACACCCCACACAUGCAAUCAUGAUUGGAAAAUUAUUCUCUGAAAAAACCACGUGGUUCCAGAGGAACAAAAUCCAAUACUGACAUCUGGGCAUGGUCCAAGAAAAGGCCAGGUCACUAGUACAAAGAAGUCUACCUGCUGACAAACUAUCCCAUGCACAAUUUUGCUUUUCAGUGCCUCACUUUUCAAUAUUGACAGCCAAAGAUAAUCAGACAAGGAAAGCUUUCUGGAUGAAAGAAAAUAAUUUCAGCAAACUUUAUGCCCGUUCCCCCAAAGUAAGUAAAAUCCCAACUAGGCCUUAGAAUAUAAGCCUUAAGAGAAUUAGUACUAACUCUGGGAUAGGAGCAUCUGGGUGGAGAAAAGUGUCCUAACAGUGGUACCCUCACUGAUGUCCAAACCGUAUCUUGCCUUGGAAGUUAGGUGUGUUGUAUUUAUAUCCCGAACUUACGUUGCUGCUGCAUAAAACUCUGGCUCCUCAAGAACUUCGAAACUUAACAACUAUAGACCGCUGGAGUCACACAGCCCUUUACUAUCAAGUUUCUUAGCAAUAUAUAAGUAUCUGCUUCCCGAGCCGAUUAUAAAUACCGUGUCCUACCUCUAGAAAUGAAGGACUCGUUCCGCCAGCUCUUAGGGAUCCAGUCCCACAUCCUCGGUGAUGUUGCCACGAAAGUCUGUCUCCAGCUCCGCAGGCAGGGAGUAGUGGAUCUGCCCGCCCCAGACGCCCCCAGCGCCUCCAGGCCUGUGAGGAGCAGGCCCCUCUGCAGAGCCACCAUUCCCUUCCCAGAGACGUUUAAGGGUUUUCUGAUCAAAAGCAGCCACCGAUUGUCAUGUAAAACGCCCCCAGUAGUUUGUUUAUCUUCCCUAUUUAAACCUCUGUGUAGCUUGAUCCUUUGCUCCAGGCUCCACAAACUUGGGAGCAGCUCCCAUUUUGCUUCUCCCAAGAAGACCUGGGGGAGGCGGGCGUCUGGGCAAACAGAAAAACGUCUCUUUCCCCGCCGAGUGAAGAACGGCGCCCAGAGUCUCCGUCCUUGCAAGAAUUUAUCUAAUAGCUUUCAGUUGCUAGAUUCAUUCACAGUGUUGACGUAUUUCGUCCGCGUCCCUGGCGCGCGGGCGUUGGGAUGGGCGGGCCUCGCCCGCCGUGCACUCGGGAGAACCGCGCGCGAGCCGCGGCGGUGGCGGGGCGGGGGUUACUUCAGGGCGCGGGGAGGGCGGCCCCGCGGCCUAGCGUUGGGUGAAGCGGCUCCUCCCGCCGUUAAGUGAGAGCCGAGAAUAGGCGGCCGGACAAGGGGCACCCGUCCGCGGCUCCAGAGUCGCCUUCCACGGAGACCAGCGGACCAGUGGGCGAACAUGAAGUCCAACCCUGUCAUCCAAGCCGCCAUCGACCUCACCGCGGGGGCUCUCGGGGGCACCGUGUGUGUCCUGACCGGGCAGCCCUUAGAUACAGUGAAAGUGAAGAUGCAGACGUUUCCCGGCCUGUACAAAGACGUCACCGACUGCUGCCUGAAGACGUACUCCCAAGUGGGCUUGCGCGGCUUCUACAAGGGGACGGGCCCGGCGCUGAUGGCCUACGUCGCUGAGAACUCUGUCCUCUUCAUGUCCUACGGCUUCUGCCAACAGUUUGUGAGGAAAGUGGUGGGACUGGACAAGCAGGCAAGGCUGAGUGAUCUGCAAAGUGCAGCCGCCGGUUCCUUGGCCUCUGCGUUUGCUUCGCUGACUCUGUGUCCCACUGAGCUUGUUAAGUGUCGGCUACAGACCAUGUACGAAAUGGAGGUGUCAGGGAAGAUAGUCAAAAGCCACAAUACAGUUUGGUCAGUCGUGAGGGGUAUACUUAGGAAGGAUGGCCCCUGGGGCUUCUACCGCGGACUCUCGAGCACUCUAGCUCAAGAAGUACCGGGUUAUUUCUUCUUCUUUGGUGGCUAUGAAGUGAGCCGAUCGUUUUUUGCCUCGGGGAGAUCAAAAGAUGAACUAGGCCCUGUCCCUUUGAUGUUAAGUGGUGGAAUUGCUGGGAUUUGCCUUUGGCUUGUCAUAUACCCAGUGGAUUGUAUCAAAUCCAGAAUUCAGGUUCUUUCCAUGUCUGGAAAACAGGCAAGAUUUAUCAGAACUCUUUUAAGUGUUGUGGAAAGGGAAGGAAUAGCAGCCUUAUAUUCUGGACUGACAGCUUCCAUGAUUCGAGCGUUCCCUGCAAAUGGGUCACUGGUGUUCACUUAUGAAUACAGCAGGAAGAUGAUGAUGAGCCAGUUUGAAGCAUACUGAAGUGUCGUGUUGAACUCGGAUCCAAGCACACAUCUUUGAGGACUAUAGUCUAUCUCAGGGUUUCAUGGAGUACUGGACUGAUGUGGAGUUCUUUUUUACUUCAUGGGAAUAUUGUUUUUGUCUUCUACCUGAAAUCUUAAACUUUAUGGAAGAAACUCUAUUUUUUCAUUAUAUAAUUUCUGCCCAUCAUUGUAUUGAUAUAGAAAACUUGCUGCUUUUGUAUUUGGUGGGAUAUACAGAGUAAAGGAGCGGCCCUAUCUACCUAAUCUGAAAGGCUAUAAUAUAGUUAUGUCUUGGCUCUUGCAUAAACCUGUACUUGUACGCACUGUUUGGUUGGUUAUGUUUGUGAGUGAAACACAGUUUGGUUGCAUGUUUAAUUUCAUGUCACCAGAAAAAAAUGAAUUAACUGUUUCAUGAAGAUGGUUAUAAUUGUUGAACCCAUUCAAGAUGUAGGUUCUCUUUAAAACUGUGCACUGUAGUAGGCAAUUAUUUUUUUUAAGAAAAGUUUUUGUGUGGUAGUUGAAAACCAAAAUACUGAUCUAGAUUUUAAAGAAGAGAAUAUACCUGCAUAUUAAUGUGUCUUCCACAUUCUUGAGUUAAAGUUUCAGAGUUGGCAUUCCGGAUUUUUCUGAGAUGCUGUUCUCUUAGAAUAGGAUCACUCAUUUUCAAAGUGGGAUCACAUUACACACUCUAAGUUAGGUGUGGCCUAAUGCAUCAGACCCGGUGAGGUAACGCCUUCAUCUGUACCAACUUCCCUUUUUCUCCCAAAGAGUUUCCCAUCUGCUGGGCUUCAGGUUGAGGAAGUGAUGAAGAGGAAGGGGCUGCAUUGCCAUGGAUUGAUGAAGACCCAUAUAGCUGCCAACAGUUGUUAGCUCGAAUCUCUGGGUCCUGGCGUGGAUAGGAUUCCAAGCCCCCAACGUGAUGGUGUUAGGAGGUGCGGCCUUUGGGAGGUAAGCAGGUCUGGAUGACAUUGUGAGGAUGGAGCUCCAUGAUGAGGUUAAUGCCUUAAUGAAAAGGGGAACAAACACCAGAGCUGCUUCUCUCAGCCUUGUGAGGAUACAGUGAGAACCCAGCAGUUGGCAAGCCAGGAAGUAGGCCCUCAUCAAGAACCCGAUCUGCUGCCACCUUGAUCUCGGACUUCUCAGCCUCCACAAUUGUGAGAAAUAAAUGUUAAUUUAAGCCACCAGUCUAUGGUAUUUUGUUAGAGUAGCCUGAACAGACUGAGACAAUCUGAGUUGCCAUCUUUUUAAUAAUAUUCAAAUGUUCCACAUAUAUGUAAGUCUAUUUUUGACCUCUCUAAUCUAUUAUUAUACAUUUGCCAAAUUUUUUGUCUUUGCACCAAUACCAAACUAUCUUGAUUGAUUGAUAGAGCUUUAUAACAAGUCUUAAUAAUUAGUAGGGCAAGUUUUUCCUUUCUGCUCUUUUUUUCUUAAGAAGUUUCUUAGCUAUUAUUGACAUUUUAUUUUUUCAUAUGAAUUUUGAAGUAAUGUUAAAAUACUGUUGUAAUGUUCAAAGUAACGUUGUCUUGGAGGAGAAGAGAAUUGAUAACUUUAAAAUAUUGAAUCUUCUAAUUCAUGAGCAUCAUAUGUUUCUCUAUUUAUGUAAGUUAUCUUACUAUAUCUUUAUAAAGUCAUAUAAAGUCCCCAUAGAGGUCUUACACUUAUUUUGACUUAUUACUACCUACUUGAUUUUUUUAUGAUUGUAAAUUGUACCUUUAUUUAAAAUGUUAAUUUUUGUUUGUUGCUAGUUUAUAAAAUAAAAUUAUUUUAUCUUGAUUUUUCAAAUUCUGCAAACUUACUAACUUUUUAAAAAUUAUAAUAUUUUAUUUGUAGUUACUUUUGGAUUUUCUGUGCAUUCCUUAAUAUCAUCUGCAAAUAAUAACAAAUUUGUUUCUUCCUCUGAAACAUACAUAACUUGUAUUUCUUUCCCUUAUCAUGCUGGCCAAAACCUCCAGUACAGUAUCAUAUAGAUGUAAUAGUGGGCAUUUGUUUUUGAUCUCAAAGGAAACUUUUAACAUUUCACAAUUUAUAUUUUGCUGUAAGUAUUUUUACAUCAUUUAAAGAUUAAGGAAGUUUCCUUCUAUUCCUAGUAUGGGAUUUCUCUCCCCAUGCCCCCCGCCCAUAAUAAACAGAAUUUAAACAAAUGCCUUUUCUGUGUCUAUAAAGAUAAUUGUGUGAUUUUUCUCCUUUAUGUCAUUGAGUGAUUUUGGCUUUUAACUUUCCUUUCUUGAUAUCAGGGUUAUGCUAAACAAAUAACAUUUUUAAGGAGUGUUCUCCUUUUUCUCUAGUCUAUGGAAGUGUUAAUAUAAGAUUGGAAUUAUUUCUUCCUUGAAUUUUUGGUAGUACUCAUGACCAGAUGGGUCUGAA